GUACUGAGUAAGCGCGAAGCAGGCGCCCCACGUCCUACAUAGGCAUCGCGUUUGAGCACGUUAUAUCUUGCUCAGGUGCCCUGAACGUUAGCCCAACCUCCAAACGCGUCCCUCAAUAUCUUCAUUCCUUCAUCCCCUCUACACUACACCAUGCCCACCCAUCCAGCUGUCGUCACCGUCACGCCCCGCGGCAAGCUCGAGAUCCUCGAAGUUCCGACACUCACUCCCAAGGAGAACCAGGUCAAGAUCCGCGUCGACUGGAUCGCGUCCACGCCCCUGAACCUGCACCAGGCCGACGGCCACCUCCUCGUCACGCCGCCCCAGAUCCUCGGCGGCGGCCUCGCAGGCACCGUGCUAUCGCUCGGCCCCGACGUGAAACGCCUGCGCGUCGGCGACCGCGUCUUCGGGUUUGCGUGGCGCAGCAACGAGGAGAAGCCGCACCAGGUCUACGUCGUCGUGCCGGAGAACCUGCUCGCGCGCGUCCCUGAGACGGAGGAGUACGCGGGGGAACAGGGGAUGCGCAGGGCGGCUACGGUCAGCGACUCGUUCGUGACGGCGUGGCAUUCGCUCGUGACGUAUCUUGGGCUGGAGCUGCCGUGGCCGAAGAGGGAGGGGUACGAGCCGCCGAAGAGGGACGAGAGGGUGCUGGUGUGGGGCGCGAGCUCAUCGAGCGGGUCGUACACUGUGCAAGUGCUCAAGUGGGCGGGCUACAAGAACAUUCUGGCGACGGCGUCUCCGAAGCACCACGCUGCGCUCAAGGAGAUGGGAGCAGCGGAGGUGUACGACUACAGGGACCCGGCCGUUGUGGAGAACAUACUAAAGGGCGGGGAGGUCCGAUACGUCCUCGACAGCAUAGGCAGUGUCGAUGGCAGCGUGACGCCGAUAUCAAAGAUUGUCAGGAGGGGAGCGAUCGUUGCAGUGCUGCUGCCAGUGAUCAUCAAGGACGCGUCGGAAGAAGAAGCCCCUAUCUACACUUUCGAUGUUACUGGUUCAGUCAAUUGGGAGGAGGGCGUCACUGCACUGGGCGUUCGGACGCACAGCUACCUCGAUAAUGAACUCCAUGCCGAAAAGCUUCAACCAGAGAUUAUGCCCACAUUACUCCAGGAGGGUGCGAUUCGACCCACCAAUCAGAAGAUCAUUGAGGGGAACACGUUGCUGGAGCGGGCUCAGAACGCACUGGAUACGCUAAGGAGAAAAGAGGUCAGCGGUGAGCGACUUGUGUGGAGGAUUGCCGAGGCGCAAUGAUGUAGUGAGUCAGAUGGCUGUUCCUUGUUACCUUCUGUACGUCGUAGCUGGGCCUUUCUAUCAUGUGAGACUUUGGAAC